AUAAUCUAAAUAUAAUAAUUGUUGGUGUUCGAAAUUUUAUUUCCGUUGUAUUUCGAAAUCGAUUUCAUGCAUACAAUCACAAACGAACUAAUACAUGUACACAAUAAACAAAUGAGCAUUUACAACCAACUUCACUUUGAGCAAUUCAUUUUCAACGUAUUUCAAAAUAUAUAGUACACUGUGCGAGUCAUAUUAUGUUUGUGUAAGCAUAAGACAGUGUUUUUUCUAUUUAAGUGUUAGCCAACUUAAAGGUACAUCAACACGAUCAGUUUUCGUUGGCCAACCGAGUUACAAUUUUUAGCAAUAAUUUUCAAGAGGAUUUAAGACUUACAUUACGGUAAUGGCUCAAAAUAUAAGCCCGGAUCGUUCACAAUCGUCGAAUUUGUCAAAACAAAACGACGAAGCUGUAACAAUCAAAGACAAUCAUGCAGUAAGCAAAAGAUUACAAAAGGAGCUGAUGUUUUUGAUGAUGUCGUCCGAAAAGGGUAUUUCGGCGUUUCCCGACGGUGAUAACAUAUUCAAAUGGAUCGGUACGAUUAGCGGACCCGUUGGCACCGUCUAUGCUGGUCAUAAAUAUAAACUACAAUUAGAAUUCCCAAAUUCGUACCCAUACUCAGCGCCUGUUGUUAAGUUCGUCACGCCAUGCUUUCAUCCGAACAUCGAUCUGUCCGGUGCUAUUUGUUUGGACAUUCUUAAGGAUAAAUGGUCAGCACUGUACGAUGUUCGAACCAUUUUGCUGUCGAUUCAGUCGCUAUUGGGUGAACCAAAUAACGAAAGUCCAUUGAAUGCCCAAGCAUCAUUGCUUUGGAACAAUCAAACAGAUUUCAAGAAAUACUUGGAUGAAUUCUACGAAAAGAACAAAGAAGAAGCAUGAAUAAUGUAAAAACAGCCAACGCCACCAAACAUCUAUAACGUUAAGUAAUUUCACAAUGAAAUGAACAAAAUUGAGCUAUAUCUGAAUAUGUUGAACAACGGCAAACCAAAACGGAAAAUAAUCAAGUCUGGCAACUGACAACAAACAAUUACCAACAACCAGUACACGCCCAAACAACUGAAAUGCAAAUGCAAAUACUAAUAAAACAAAAAAUAAAAAAAAUUAAGGAGUAAGAAAAACAAAUGAGAUCGAUUGAUGUGGAGAAAAAAAAAAUAACAACACAAAACCAAAAUCAUUUGUAACAUUCAUCUAUUUAUUACUUAUAACAUAUUAGAUCGUCUCGAUUUUUGUUUUUUUUUUAGUGUCUAAGGCGCCACAUUACCUACUCACUUGAGAAACAUACAUGAAUGAAAUUUUAAUAAAAUCCAAUUAAUAAAAUUAUUGAUAUGGAGUCACUGAAA